CAGAGGAGGGAGUCACCAGAGAGAGAGAGAGAGAGAGAAGAGAGAGAGAGAGAGAGACCGGGGGAGAGAGGAGAGACCCAAAGGCCAAAACCUCUUCUGUUUUCCAUUGGAUCUGAGACAGUGAAUCCCAAACUGACAGCAGUGCAAAUAAUAAAACAUUUUCGGUUCUAUUUUCGGUUGUUUAUUUGUACAGAUUGUAAAGACAAGGCAGAGAUCUGGGAACUGCCGCAAUCUCAAUCCCAAGUCAUAUCGACUCUUGCCUGCAGGACUGAUUCGAUUUCAUCAUUGGAUUUUGGCUGUUAGGAUUCGUGAUAAUUGGUGUCACCUGCUUGGCUGCUGCAUUGUGAUACCUCUGUCCAUGCAGUGACAAUUUCACCAAAAUCAAUGUGAUCAUUGAAUUGAAUUACAUUGCAAGUUUGAUUUUGGCUGUUCUGGCUAGUAUGCAAGCAGCAAGGAAUGAAAAUUAUAUUUUCUAAAUUUCGUCGUUGGCAAAAUAUGCCCUAUGAAAAGUUAUCAAAUUUGAUGAAAAACAGGAGAAAUGGUAUUUAGUAGAAUCGCAGAAACAAUCUCUGGUGCAUCGAAUCUUUUAGCUGCUACACAGUCUUCUGCAGCUUCAUAUAUGUCGCCUGCAUUGUCACUGCAGGCAGGUAAAAAUGCUGCCCAUGGGUUUGGUUUUGUCAACUCUGGACACAAGAAUAAUUUGCGCCUCUCCUCAUCACUCCAAGAUUUCUCAUCAUAUCACCGGCUUGAUCCAGAAGCAGCUGAUCUUAUUUCUGAAAUUGAUAAGAGCAUGACCUAUACAAGACCCCCUCUACAGCGAGAAAAUGCUGGGUCAAGUUUCUCAAAGGAGAGGGGUUUGCCCAGCGGAACCCCAUUUUUGCGCAGAAAGUGGGUGCGACUAAUCAUUGUUUCCUUGUGCCUGCUUUUGUUCAUUUUUUUGACAUAUAUGGUUUGCAUGUAUAUCUAUUCAAAUUGGUCUAAAGGAGCCUCCAAGUUCUAUGUUGUUCUUGAUUGUGGAAGUACUGGAACUCGAGUUUACGUUUAUCAGGCAUCAAUUGAUCACAAGAAUGAUGGUAGUCUGCCUAUUGUCAUGAAGUCAUUAACAGAAGGUCUUUCUAGAAGACCAAGUUCACAAAGUGGACGUGCUUAUGAUAGGAUGGAGACUGAGCCUGGCUUUCAUAAGUUAGUGCAUGAUAAAUCUGGCUUGAAAGCUGCCAUAAACCCACUUAUUUCAUGGGCAGAGAAGCAAAUUCCUGAACAUGCACAUAAGACUACUUCUCUUUUCCUUUAUGCUACCGCUGGUGUUCGCAGGUUGCCAAGUGCUGAUUCAAAAUGGCUUCUGGAAAAUGCCUGGUCAAUACUCAAGAAUUCACCAUUCUUGUGCCGCCGAGAGUGGGUUAAGAUUAUCAGUGGGACAGAGGAAGCUUACUUCGGUUGGACAGCUCUCAACUAUCGCACAGGCAUGCUGGGAGCCACACCUAAGAGGAAAACAUUUGGUGCACUUGACUUGGGUGGAUCAUCAUUACAAGUUACAUUUGAGAAUGAGAACCAUCAACAUAAUGAAACCAACUUAAACCUUAGAAUUGGAGUGGUUAAUCAUCAUCUUAGUGCUUAUUCUCUCUCAGGCUAUGGUUUGAAUGAUGCAUUUGACAAGUCUGUAGUUCAUUUAUUAAAGAGGCUCCCAGAUGGCUCCAAUACCAAUCUUGUUAAUGGAAAGAUAGAAAUUAAACAUCCUUGCUUGCACUCUGGCUACGAUGAACAAUAUAUCUGUUCUCAAUGUGCUUCUAAAGACCAAGAAAAUGGAAGUCCUGUAGUUGGAGGGAAAAUUUUGGAUAAAGGACGAAAAUCAGGAAUUCCUGUGCAGCUUAUCGGUGCUCCAAAUUGGGAGCAAUGCAGUGCAAUUGCCAAAGUUGCUGUCAAUUUAUCUGAAUGGUCAAAUCUAUACCCAGGGAUUGAUUGUGAUUUGCAACCUUGUGCUCUUUCUGAUAGCUUGCCUCGCCCUUACGGCCAGUUCUAUGCUUUGUCUGGCUUUUUUGUGGUAUAUCGGUUCUUCAAUCUGUCUUCAGAUGCUGCACUUGAUGAUGUACUGGAGAAAGGUAGGGAAUUUUGUGAAAAAACCUGGGAAGUAGCGAAGAACAGUGUUGCUCCACAGCCAUUUAUUGAACAGUACUGCUUUAGAGCACCAUAUAUAGUAUCACUGUUGAGAGAGGGUUUGCACAUCACUGAUAGUCAACUUGUCAUUGGUUCUGGAAGUAUUACGUGGACAAAGGGUGUUGCACUGUUGGAAGCUGGGAAGUCAUUUUCAAGUAGACUGAGGCUCCGUGGUUAUCAAAUACUGCAGACGAAGAUUGAUCCAAUAAUUCUUAUUGCCAUUCUUUUCAUGUCACUGAUUUUGCUUGUUUGUGCAUUAUCUUGUGUUAGUAAUUGGAUGCCGAGAUUUUUCCGGAGACCAUAUCUCCCCCUUUUCCGGCAUAACAAUGCAGCCAGCGCAUCUGUUCUUAAUAUACCAUCUCCUUUCCGGUUCAAGCGCUGGAGUCCUAUCAACUCUGGGGAUGGAAGAGUUAAGAUGCCUCUAAGUCCAACAGUUAGUGGUUCUCAGCAGACACCAUUUGGCUUGGGACAUAGUCUUGGCAGCAGCAUCCAGCUCACAGAGUCUUCCUUGUACACGUCAACCAGUAGCGUGUUGCAUAGUUAUUCCUCCAGUAGCUUGGGGCAGAUGCAAGUUGACAGUAGUAGCAUGGGUUCCUUCUGGUCCCCUCACAGAAGUCAGAUGCGACUGCAAAGUAGGAGAUCACAAUCUCGAGAAGAUCUUAAUUCCUCACUAGCUGAGACACAAAUGGUGAAAGUUUAGGGAUUGCUUUCCGAAGUUUUGAUGCUACCAGCAUUACCGAAUUUAUGUCAAGCGGGAUGAUUCUAGGCUAAUGAUGAGAAGGUCUGGUCAUUUGAUUCCUCAAGAUUUUGCUCAGAAGGGAUUCCAAGACUUGUUAACUGGCUCCCCAAGUUACCUGGGUUUUAAGUGCACAUCGUUUUUGAGAUUUCGAGCAUUGGUUACCAUUCUUAUCCUCAUGGGCUAGGUACAGACUUGUUCACCCUCCUCAUCAGACAAUAAUUUGAGCGUCUACCUCUCUGCCAAGUAAAUUGCAGCCUAACUGGACAGGCCUGAUGACCUUCAUUACCUGAAGCAUCGUUCUUAAUCUUAUCAGAGCUAGAUCAAUAGUUUCUCUACACUGUUUUCCUUAAGUCUUGAGGACUACCAGAAAAUUUUUCUUGUCAUUGGUUAUCAGCAAAUGGUGAUAUGAGAAAUGGUUAAAGAUCUGAAAUAUAUGAGAAGAAAUUAUAGCAUCAUAUACAAAUCCCAUCUUAUAUUUCGC